ACACGAAUAUACACCUACGCAUAAAAAUCCUAAUUCGUAUUCUUGUCGCAUACGGCCAUUAAAGUCCAUUUGAGAUUCGCUAUUGGCUCCUGUAGACUUAAAAUUGACUCUGGAAAAAAAACAAAAUCUGCCCCAUCGAUUCAUCGAUUGACUCUCAAUUUAUUCCUACUAUCAAACCUCUGGAGAAUUCGCCUUAAUAGACGCCUGAAGCUAAUCUCAUAUAACCUUGAAGAAUCUGAGUCACACAAGAUUAUUUCAAAGGUUAUGUCACUUCAGGUUCGAAUGUUUUGACGUUUCAUUAACAGUGUAAUUCGAAUGAUGGGUUUGUUUGGAAAAUCACAAGAGAAGAAUCCCAAAGAAAUGGUUCAGGAAUGGACUCAUAAGUUAAGGAAAGAAGGGUAUCAAUUAGAUAGACAAGUUAGAGCGAUCCAGAGGGAGGAAGAGAAAGUAAAACGUUCUUUAAAAGAAGCAGCAAAGAAAGGUGACAGAGAUGUGUGCAAAGUGCUGGCAAAAGAGAUUAUCAGAGCUCGUAAAACCUGCAAUAAGAUAUAUACAUCCAAGGCUCAUUUGAAUUCAGUAUCUCUACAAAUGAAGAACCAGCUUGCAACAAUCAGAGUUGCUGGUUCAGUUUCAAAAUCCACAGAAGUAAUGCAGGCUAUGCAGUCGCUAGUACGAGUGCCAGAGGUAGCUGCAACCAUGAGGGAACUGUCGAAAGAAAUGAUGAAAGCAGGAAUCAUUGAAGAGAUGCUGGAUGAAACAAUGGAUUCUAUUGAAGAUUCCGAGGAUAUGGAAGAUGAAGCAGAUGAAGAAGUUGACAAGAUCUUAUGGGAAGUAACAGCUGGUCAACUAGGUACAGCACCAGCAGUUGUGACAGAAAAUCCAGAAUCAAUUGCUUCCUCUACUGCUGCAGAAGAGGAAGUACCAGAAGAUAAUGAUAAGGAACUUGAAGAGAUGAAAAAUAGACUGCAAAGUCUACGCAGUUAGAUGAAGAAUAAUAAUCGAAGGUCAAUCGCACCAAAUUUAUCCGUGAUAAAAGUAUUUUCUCGUGAUAAUACUAAACUACUGAAUAGAAAAUAACAAAAGUUAGAAAUAUAAAUAUAUAUACCGAUGCAUUGCUAACUGAAUUUUUUCAUACACUAAUUUAUAUUCAAAAUUUGAAUUUGUAUGUAGCAGUCUGCUUGUUAAUCAUUUUCACUCCAAUGUGAUACCAAGAUAUCUUCAAAUAAUGUGAGAUUUUGAGAUGUUCUGGUAAUUUUUACAAAGUAAUAGCUUUUUUUAUCAAAUAAUGAUAUAUUGAAAAUAGAAAAAUUAGUAUAUAGCAAAGUUAAAUAAAGCAAAGAUAAUUUGAUUAUUCUGAAAAUAUAUAUUUUUAUUGAAGAAAUAAAAUUGAAGUUAACUAUAUCUCCAAGCCUCACUAUUUAAAAUUGACACGCUGAGAGUAACAAUAUGUAAUUUCAUUAUUUAAUGUAAAUAUUGUAUGUAUAUUUGCUUCAUAGAAUACUUAAAGUAUGUACUAUA